AUGUACAAGCGUACUGGCGCGUUGCGUGAGGUGCACAGUGGCAUCAGCGUUGGUCGGCUGCGCCUCGCCCAGGAGUUCAGCACAAUGGAGGGCUGGCAACGACUGCAGGACCCACGCUUUGAUGAGUACGUGAAGGAAAAGCGGCAGAGGCAGUACUUCGAUGCUUUCGACCAGCGUGUCGAGCGCGCCUUCAGGGUCGCGAAGAGGUUGCACAAAGCGGAGGUCAUGAACGCCUUCAAGCGCAAGGUGAAGGGCAGCAGCGAGGGCAAGUGGACGGCCGCCGUCAUGUUGGAGGUGAAGUUGGCGGUGGAGGAGCGGUUGCGCUGGCUAAGAGAGGUGUGGUCGCAGAUCGACGCAGACUACCGCAGCGGCAAUGCAGAGCAGCAGGCCAGGGCGGCACGUGAGAUAUCUGACGCCCUGCGUGGCGAACCCGGCGCGUACAUGCAGUGGGUCUACGAGCGCAAGCGUGAGGUCCGCUUUGCUGGCCCCAAAGAGAAGGCGGCGCAGGAGGCAGAGCUGAGCGCUGCGGAGCUGCCCGAGGUCACCGAUGACGAAGCGAACCGCUAUCACAACCUUUCCUUGCGCAUGGCUGAUAUCGAGCAUAAUGUGAAGACCUGUUUUGGCAUCGCUGGUCAGCAACACUGGGCGGAGCUGCAGGCCGCCAAAGACGAGGCCUACGAACAGAAGCUGGACACUGCGGCCAAGGUGUAUGAGAAGCUACUGGACCAGAGUGCGCGAUUUGACGAGAGUCGGCGGACGGCGCUGCUGCGCAGUAACGUAGAACGAGUGCACCAAGCACAGGUCCGAUUCAAGGCGUCGAUGGAGAUGGAGAAGGAGCGCGAGAAGCUCGUUGAGGCGCACGAGGCCAUGCGAGAAGAGCGCAAGCAACAGGCCAAGGCCGAGCGCAUUGCCAUCCUCCAAGAGGCAGCUGAGCUGCGCCGCAGCGGGGCUACUCCAGAGGAGAUCAAGCAACUCGCUCGCCAGCGUCAACUGGAAGCACAUGCACGCCGACAGGCAGAGUACCAGCUUCAGGAGCGCGAGUCACUCCAGCAGAAGAAGGCGUACUACCUUGAUUUAAUCGAGAAGUUCAAGGAUGAAGUGGAGAUGCGGGAGGGCCAGGAGAUGCUCCAGCAGCAGGAGUCUGAUGCGCGCCCGCAACGCAGUCAUCGCAAUGUCGAGUCGAGUGGUGCGCCGAAGCUAAACGCAUUCGGUUUCAUGGACGCGGACCGGCUAGACGAUCCUGCCGAGUCGCUGCUCACUGCAAGCGAUGCAAUGAGGUCUUCGGCUACGCUCCCUGAGAACUCGGCUGGCCGAGCCGCCGCCUCACUCCGCAGGUCAGAAGCUCAGCAAUCGCGCAGAAAGGCGCUGUGGGAUAUCGUUGAGCACGACCGGUAUGAGGACCCGUUCAUGACGAUUCACCAAGCCCGCCUCGACGCCGCCGCGACGUAUGACCCCCUGUACGCGAAGCACCUCGCCCCGACCUUGGCGCAAGGCAAGAAGUACACGAGGCAGGGCUUCGGCGAGCUCGCGGCUGGUGGCGGUAUGGACCGGCACGUGUUCAAGGCUUCGGCGCGAACAGUUCGCCCGUACCAGUGGGGCCUCUCCUCCAACGUUGUGCACGACGUUGAUGGCGACGGCAGCAAUGACUACUUCAUGGGCCUCCACUGGCACGUGCGGCACCCCGAUACAGGUGACAUUGACUGGCGGUACGAGAAGAAGGCCGGUGGCGCCGUCUUCCGCGGCCCGUUGCUGUACCGCAUGGGUGCCGAGCGCGAAGCCGGCGAAUCCGGCAGCUCCACAAUGGACCCUUCAACAGCGACAGUGCGGCGCUUCUCGCCGCUAGCGACGACGUCGUCGAAGGCCGCCUCAAAGGCAGCGCUACCAUCGCCAGCCCGGCAAGCCGGCGUCGCCGCGCCACUUCCAGUGGUGCGCCGUGGCGAUGCAAACCAACCACUAAGCGGAUGUGUCACCCCUAACGCAGGUACUCUCACAGCACAGCCCCUUCCGAGCUGGCGGAGCAGCUAA